GUGCAUACAGCCAUUCAUUCAAAAGAAUCUAGUUUAUGGCUCCUUAUAGAUUCAAUUCAGCUCAUCCAGAGCUGAAUUCAGUCUGAAGAAGGAAAGAACGUGCAGGUUAGCCAAAAUGUUUGUGCUUUAAUGUCACAGUUUAUGCACAUUAGUGUCUUGUAAGUCGGCUGGGUUUUACAUGUGGUACAUGCUGUGAUCUGUUCAGUCUGUUAUUUGGAUAAGACUGGCCUGUUCAUGCUCUUCAACACAAAGCUGCUGCGUGGGAGCUUUGUAGUUCAGUGCUUCUGUGUGUGCUCUGAAUUCACAUAUGAUUUGUGUUCAGCUCUGUCAGAUUGACAGCAAGUAUUGUGUGUGACUUUACAUAAAGAGGGUAAUUGUUAUUUAUUGGAUGAUCACCACUGUAUGUUAAGCAACCCUGUUAUGUAAUGACUGUGUCUCUGGAUUGUUACACUUUCCAUUUAUGCAUGACAGUUGAAGGUCUGCAAUGUGUUGGUGGCAGUGUGGCGAUUAUGCAGACACCUGCUGCUGCUUUGUGACCACAGUGUGAAUUUAAACUGAUAAUGCCAGUCCUGCGCCACAAUUAAAAGUCGCCAGCCUCAUAUUGGCCUUAGAUAUUACAUGUACUAUCAGCUGUGUAGUUUUCUGUGUGGCUCAUUAAUUUGGGAUAAUAAAAUUAGACUAAGUCUGCAACUCUGAGGCUCAAAGUGGGGCAUUAAGCUAAAUGCUAGCAUGCCCAUUUAUGCUGUAAUUAUUUUUUCAUUAUCAGUUAAUCUACAUUAUUUUAUGAUUUUUAAAUCGCAGCAGUGAGCAAAUUGUGCCCAUUAAUUUUCUCACAGGCCAAGCUGAUAUCUUAAAAAAUGACUUCAGGGCUUCAUUGCGGCUGCCUGGUUAGCAUGUCUACAACAUGGCCACAGUGUCCUGGUCAGCUGCUGACCUUUGUUGCAUGUCGGUCCCCUCUCUGUCUCCCCUCAUUUCCUAUUUGCUUCUUUACUCUCAGCUGUCCAAUGAAAAGGUGAAAAUGCCUGAAAAGACCUCAUAAUUGAACAUAAAAAUAGUUGCAGAAUCAACUAAAAGUUUGAUCUCAGUUUCUCACAGUGAUGAUCCUAUCCUGCUGGACUUAUUUAAUGAAUAACGAUUAGCAAAUUAGUGUGCUAGUCUGUGCUAAUUGGCACUGAGCACAAAAUACAGCUGAGGCACCUGAUGAUGGUGUAGAUGAGACAUGAUAAGUAAAGUGAUUGCAAUUCACCCUGAGAGGACAUUAAUGUCUGUAGAAAAUUUCAUGGCAAUUCAUCCAGUGGCUAUUGAGACAUUUCAGUCUGGACCAGAGUGGUGGACAGACACAAUUAAAAAAUGGACUGUUGAAACCAGUCGCGCCAUAGCAACUGUCACCAAGCAACUUAUUAUAGCUGCUGCCCUGGCCUGGCUUUCACAGUGUUAAGACACUGUGCUUGUUUCUGAGCAAUCACAUUGUGUGUUGCAGGCAGCAGUGCUUUGGUGUUUGUAUUGGACACAUGUCCGACAAACAAGUGCCACUCGUCCAAGCAGGAUAUUGAUCCAGAUCAUUUCUCUUAAGUCUCAUGGGCCAUGUGCUGGUGUGUGCCUGAGAUGGAUAUUGUCUGUGUAAAGCUCUUACUAACCACUGCUGGCUGCCCUGCAGAGCUCUCUUUUAAGCCACGCAUCCCAGCCCGUCAGCUCAAAGCCCUGCCGUACGGAUUGAAUGAAUGACUCAGGGAGAAAGGGAAACAUUGUUUUAAUGAAGAGACUGAAUCACAGAUUGGAGGUUUAUUCUCUGUGAAUUCUGAACCUCCAUGGAGGAGCUAAAUGUUUAGCAGAGUCUUGAUGGCCAGGCCGCUGGUUGCAGGGGUAUUUUUGAGCCCAGUGCACUUUGCACAGGGCAGAGUGCAAGCCAUUAGCAUUAUUAUUUGCAUUACCAUCCACCAUAAUAGCAUGUCGGCUCUUCGAUGCCAUUUUACUUAGAAGUGGCUAUCGGAUCAGACUGGUGUUGUACCAAGCAGCUUCCAGCUGGGAAAGUGCAAGUGUGUGAAAGUGAACAGGGCUGUACUGAACCACCAAGCACUGCUGUCAAUGGAUCCUCCCCCGGGAUUUUUUCCCCCUGUCUAUACUUUCUGGCUGACCUUAUGAAACACUGCAUUUGGCAUGAAGCAAAAUGGAGAAAGAGGUCACUUCUCAGUCAGCAUCCGUAGCCAUCACCAACACCCUGGCCAGUCUGCAGCCAGACAGAGCACAGCCCUCCUUCCUUCUGUCCCUGGUCCCACUCCAGCACUUAACAAGGAUUUAAUGUUGCCCAAUCAUCAGCUAGGCGGAUCGGAUCAGAUCAGGGCUGUAAUACAUAGCAGCAGGUCCUGCGGUUAAGACCGCAGCCUGGUACAGAAGUCCUGAAAAACAACAGCCGUGAAAGUAGCAUAAUCCCACAAUUACUGCGAUAACUCUCCCUGCUCUCAAUUGUUCUUUCUCUCAUGCGCAAAGCAAAAUCUAAUGUUUAUGAGUGGACUGAAUAUGUGACGUGAUGCAGGAUCUCCCCAGGCAUUUGCUUUAUGGGUCAGUCACAAAACACCAGCUGGUGGUGUCCAAACCAUUAAUAGUAUGCUGGUGACAGCAGAUUAUGUAAUAUGGAUGUCAGGCAUGCUAACUAUCAUUGUUUGCAUUCCCAACGAUAAUCACAACAAAAAUCAUCUCAGGGCACUUUACACAGGAAGGUCUGGACCUUACAGCAUUAUAGAGAAAAACAAACAUGAUUGUGAGAGAGGAGCUUGUUAAGUAACUUGUAUUUAACUUUUCUAUUAAAAAAAGGAAGAAAUGUGUUAAAAUCAUUAAUCCAAGCAGAUGUAGUUGAGUAAAUCAAACACACUUCUUAAAAUAAUACCUCCUGUGGGCUUUUUUUAGUUGGACCAGUUUGGUCAGUCAUGGCUGUCAAUUAUCUAUCAGGGUGAACAAGCUGCAGUGAAGGUUUGGGUCAGUUAUUAUGAUCAACACCUGCACUGAAUGCCAACAUUUAUAAAUCAACUGACUUUGUCAGACACAUUGAAUAAUUCAGACUGCAGUUUAGUGCAGAAUGAAGAAGUAGGAGCAACUGUUCUCUUAACUUGUACUGAUACUGAAAGAUUAAAGGAAAGUUCCCCUCUAAAAAUUUAAUCUCUGCAGCCUGUGGUGCAUCCUUUAUGAUCAUUUUUGUGCUUUUUUUUUCUUUCUACCUUAACCAAAUCUAAACCAUAGUGGUGUCAGAUCAGUAAAUUACACAGUGAUGCUGUGUAAUGUCAUCUUGUCAUUAUGGACGUCAGAUCAGAAAAUGCUUAUGUGGGUUUCUGGAGGAAAUUUAAUAAUCUUACUUUUAAAAGGCUUUUCCACUUGUUACUGACGUUUAACACAAAAUGUGCCCAGAGAAAAACAGAUAUUGGUGUUGAUGUUUCAGACAGCUACAAAUAUUCCUGCAGCAUUCACUGUCGUGGCACAAGAAGUACUGUGUCUCACUGUCAGUGUUUGUCAUUUGCCGGGAAACGCGUUAUUGGAAUGAAACCCCCUUAAAAGGCUGCAUCUCUCAAGUAAAAUGCCUUUAUAUCGAUAUGUUUACUUCUCAAGUAAAAUGCCUUUAUAUUGAUAUGUUUACUUGUGCAAAGCAAAUAAAAUAUUGAGAGUUGUAUUGUUUUGUUAGGUGGCAUUUACAGACUGGAUAUUUUUUCCCCCACAGACUCUUAAAGGUGCCAUUUCAGUCCAGGACCUUCAUCUUUCACUCUUCCUCUGGCACUCUACUCUGAUCAGUACAGUUUUUAUACACAACAUUAUCAAAUCUACAGAAAAUGUACUUAUAAAACUGAUAAAAUGGAGUGAGUACAUGUAUUUAACUUACAGAGAACUGUGUGGUUGAGUCCAGAUAAGCAGCUCUUUUGCCAUUUUACUCCAACAACUCCACAGUGAAUGUUUACAUAUUUCUGUUGUACUGUUAAGUAAAGCGUAAUUACAAAAAUAUGACUUACUUUUGUGCUGCAGCUACAAAUGACAGUUAUGGGUUAAAGAUAAACUGUUUCAAGCCAUUUAACUACUAACAGCACAGCAUUCAGUAAGGUCAGUUAAUAAACUGAGGUUUGCCAACAUUAGAUAACUUGGCCACCAAACAAAGUAGCCCUUGGUUGUAGCAUGCUGAAUUAAUCAACAGUGCGUUUUUCAAAUUGUAUUUUUGUUAUGCACUUUGCUUUUCUUUGUAACACUGUUCUAAUCCCCAUUGUAAAAUGAGUGGGCUUUGGUGUAAACAGGCUUUAAUGCGAGCAGCCUGCCUAUACCUGACUGUGUCUGCAUAAUUACAACAGUAAAUACCCACAAACGUUCAUCCUCCACCCUCCUCUGUAUAAACUGCAGGGAAACCCCAUCAAGGCAUCGGAGGUUGGGAGACACGGCAGCAGGCACACCGAGAAAACAUCGGAUGGAAAUGUGGCUCCGGGAUGUUCCACUCAAAUGUUUUUGCGAUACCCGAAUUAAGCUUUGUUUUUUCAGCGCAAUGCGCGUCUUUGCAUCUAAACUCGGUCUGUGUUGAAAGAGCUUCAACAGUUUUUCCCCCUCAGCUUUAAUGAUGGACCAGUAACUUACCGCCCAGUUACAUCUGCAGCAGAGGUGCAGAGCACAAACCCAGUCUUACUUUACUGUCCGGUUGAUAAUUAUGGAACAAACCUUAUGGCACAUUUUUGCCUCAAGUAAAUCACGGAAACGUGUUGAUCCGAGGCGAUAACAGAGCGUAAAGACGACUUUUCUGUAAAGAAACCGGGUCUUUUUACUUUAUUUUGAGGGUGUUUGCUCGGAUAAGACAGUUACGCACUACUACGCUCUCGUUUAAUCCAGUUCAUCCUCAUUUUGACACCAUGCUGUCCACUGUGCGCCGACACAGCCUGCGCCUGCAGACCGAGCUCCACCGGUGGAGCAUCUGCGACCCCGGCAGCCACCUGCUCCCGGACGGUCUGCUGGCCCGGGUUCCCACAUGCAUCUCCCGCUCCAAGUCGUGCACUAGCUCCGCCGGGGAGUCGGACGGCAGCCGCGGUAGCUGGUCGUCCUCAGACUCUGUUAUUUCCACCGACUCCGCUGGGGAGGCGUCAGAACCCAGGAGCCCCUACCGGGUGGUGCUGCUGGGGGCCAGCGGGGUCGGGAAAACGGCCUUCGCCAGCAUCUUCGCCGGGGCAGCGGACAGUAUGGACAGUGACAACUGUGAGCUGUGUGGAGAUGAAAUGUGUGAAAAGGUGAUUGAAGUGGAUGGGGAACCAGCAGCAGUAACUUUGCUGGACACAUGGGAUGCGGAGACCGACAGUGAGUGGGCCCAGGAAUGCUACAUGCAGACAGGUGAUGCCUACCUGCUGCUGUACUCUAUAACUGACAGGGCCUCGUUCCUGCGAGCCUCGGAGCUUCGGAUAACCCUGCGCCGUUUUCGUCCUGCCCAGCACACACCAAUCAUCCUGGUGGGGAACAAGUGUGACCUGGUGCGACGCAGGGAGGUGUCAGUCAGCGAGGGCCGUACUUGUGCUGCUGUGUUCGACUGCAAGUUUAUCGAAACCUCAGCUGCCAUGCAGCACAACGUCUGGGAGGCCUUCCGCGGUAUAGUGCGACAGCUGCGUUUACGCCGAGACUCCAAGGAGGCCAACAAACGUCGCAAGCACAUAAACUGUAACACACGCCGUGAGAGCCUUCCUAUGAAGGCCAGACGUUUCCUAGACAAGGUGAUGGCAAGGAACAAUCCCAGUGUGGCAGUCUGGCUCAAGUCCAAGUCCUGCCAUGACCUCUCUGUGCUGUAGGGGCCCAACAGACACCAAACCACUGAGGAGGUGAGCAAGUCCCAGCCUGAAGAACAGGAUGUGCGGACAUGGGUUGGAGGGAAGCCUGAUUCUAAAGGCUUCAUAAUUUCAAAGUCAGUACUCUGUGUUCACAUCCACUUUCAACACAGUGAGGAAGGUGUAUACCAGAGGUUCAACAUUUCUACAGUGCUAUGUUGUAGUCUAAACUAGACUGAGUGGAUUGAGCUCAGUUUGUCAGGAUAAUUAAUGACAAUGAAGUGACAUUUGUGUCUCUUGGACACCUGGUGUGGAGGUCAGAGAUCAGCUGAUGGAAGCUGAAAUGUUUGUUCAUGUCUGUUUUUUGUGCAAAGACAAUAUUAGCCUCUUCUCUGCUUUCUUCCCUCAUCCUUUUACUCUCAUUAUCAAAUUUGUCAACUGUCAGUCCCCAAGUGCUAAGUUAUUGAAGAUUUUUUUGUGAUUGUUUUAAUUUUUUUUAAUGAAGAUCCUUUAGAAGGUACUUUGACA